UUCCAGAAACUGGCUUCGUUAGGCUCCGGGAGUGUUUCUCAUUUAAACAAACAGUGCCGAAGAUGGCGGAGACUUAAUGGUGUAAAGACGAAAUUAUCGACUCGGUAGAGAGAGAUACGUCUGCAAGCACAACCAGGCUGCCUCUCUGCCACCAGGACUCACUGCCUGUGGCGUGGAAUUGACUUUAUCCCUGCACUGGAAAAAGCGGGCGGCCCACGCCAGGCUGGAGGUGACCCAUUUCCCCUGGGCAUUCAGCAGCCUCCUAAUCAACCAUUCACUGGGGCCGCUUCAUUCACUCCACAAUUAGAGCAACUCCCUUUUGGAAUGGUCCAUCAAGAGCAGCAAGUGUGCUGGUUCUUGACUGGUGAGCAGCAGGCAGGUGGAGACGGAAAAAGACAUGCAUGUAGCGAACAGACGAAAAGCAAUGAGGCUGACAGACAGAUGGGAGGAGAUGCUCAAGGGAGAGAUUAAAACUAGGAAAAUCUGAGAGAAAAUCUCAAAUGCAGGAAGGAAUUCGGAAAAAGAAUCUGCACGGAAGCUUGGUGCUGAUAUGUGGACACGAUGAGUAGUUUGGGGGAGAACUCCAUGGAGCCUCUGAUCUCAGAAAACCGGAAACGCAAACUCUCCACUUGUGACACACCUGGUCUCGGGAGUGAGAGGAAGCGGCGGGAGCAGGAAAGCAAGUACAUCGAGGAGUUGGCUGAGCUUAUCUCGGCCAACCUCAGCGACAUCGACAGUUUCAAUGUCAAACCGGACAAAUGCGCCAUCCUCAAAGAGACUGUGCGGCAGAUCCGCCAGAUCAAGGAACAGGGAAAGGCUUCCAUCAGCGACGAUGUUCAGAAAUCUGACGUUUCCUCAACAGGUCAGGGGGUCAUUGACAAAGACCAUCUAGGGCCUCUUCUGCUGCAGGCUUUGGACGGAUUCCUGUUUGUGGUGAACCGAGAGGGCAGCAUUGUGUUUGUCUCGGACAAUGUGACACAGUACCUGCAGUACAAGCAGGACGAGCUCAUCAAUACCAGCGUCUACAACAUUCUACACGAAGAAGACAGGGAGGAAUUCCACAAGAACCUACCCAGGACCAACAUAAAUGGAGUGUCGUGGGGAAUUGAGGCAGCCCGACAGAAGAGUCACACCUUCAACUGCCGAAUGCUUGUCAAAUUUGGCCACACCCAUGGCGCUAUGGAGGAGGGGCCAGGAGGGCCACGUUAUGAGACCAUGCAGUGUUUUGCACUUACGCAGCCAAAGGCCAUGAUUGAGGAGGGUGAAGAUCUGCAGUCAUGUAUGAUCUGCGUGGCCCGUCGAGUUACAGCUAUGGAGAGAACGGAGAGUUUCAAUACCAGGCAUGAGCUCUCAGGUAAACUGAUCCAGAUUGACCAAAACUCUCUGCGAGCAUCAGUGCGUCCAGGCUGGGAAGAUUUAUUGAGGCGUUGCAUCCAGAUGUUCCUCCAGCACAGUGACGGCCAACCCUGGUCCCACAAACGCCACUAUCAUGAGGCCUUUUUGCAGGGCCACGCCGAGACGCCGCUGUAUCGCUUCUCCCUGUCUGACGGCACGCCGGUCACAGCCCAGACAAAGAGCAAACUGUACCGUCACCCAAUGAGCAACGAGCCACAAGGCUUCAUCUCUACUCACCUCCUUCAGAGAGAACCUAAUGGUUACCGCUCAUCUCAGGGUGGGAACAUGAUGCCGAACACCAUGAGACAACAGUCCAUGGGAGGUCACAACCCAAAUGCCCACAUGAACAUAAACCCCAGUGGUGGGAUGGUGAUGGGGGGCAUGGGCGGCAUGAACAGGGGCUUCGGAAUGAACGAGCAUGGGCACAUGGGCCAUAUGGGUCAGAUGGGUCAGAUGGGUGGCUGCGCCGCAUAUGGAGGAAGUAGUGGCGGUGGGAGUGGAGCCAUGGGUAACCGCAUGAUGCAAAUCAGUCAGAUGGGGCAUAUGAGUCAAAUUGGUCCCGUGAAUAACCCAAGCCAAGGCAUGCAGCACCACCCACAUCAGCCCCCCUUUCAGAGUAGCGGGGGCUUUGGGAUAAGUGGGUUGAACAGCCCUUCAGGAAGCCCUCGGAUGGGCGCUCCUCAAUCGGGACUCUUAAUGUCACCGCGAAAUCGAGGAAGUCCAAAGAUGGGCGCCAAUCAAUUUUCUCCUGGAGGCAUGCACUCUCCCAUGAGUGGCAUUUGCAGUGGUGGAGGAGGCGGUGGGAACACUACAACCUAUUCCAGCAGCUCCCUUAAUGCCUUACAAGCUAUCAGUGAAGGAGUAGGGAACUCAAUCCCCUCCACAUUGCUGUCUCCUUCGCCAGUCCAUAAACCAGAUAGCUCUCCUAGUGUCCACUCCUCCUCUUCCUCCCAGCCAAACCAAAUGGCCAAACCAGGCCAGGAUGGAUCCAAAAGCCCAGUGGUGGGCUCGGGGCCUGGGCCAGGGCCUGGCGACCAUUCCCACUCCUUGCACCAUCAUCAAUAUCCACAGGCCGAAGACUCUGGAGACAGACCAGAAAACCAGGCAGCUAUACCACCUAAAGAGUUGGGAGACGGGGGCAAUGAGGUGACUGCGGCAACGUCGGAGCCUACUCGCAGGGUACCAGACAGCAAGGGCCAUAAGAAGCUGCUGCAGUUGCUGACUUCACCAACUGAGGAGCUUGGAAUAGGUGGAAGUGGACCUCCAGGGCCCCCUGUUCCACAAACAUCAAACAACAGUAGUACUCCAACCUUAGAAAGUAAGGACCCCGCUGGGGAGAUGACUAGCCCUUCGUCCACUGGGGUGUCCUCCUCUUCCUCUGCUAGUGCCAAUUCAAGCCAGACAAGUGGGUUAGGGAGUGUGUCCACAUCCGCCAGCUACACAGGCUCACUUCAAGAAAAGCACAAAAUCCUCCACAAGCUACUCCAGAAUGGCAAUACACCUGAUGAAGUAGCAAAGAUCACAGCAGAGGCUACGGGAAAGGUUGCACUAGGCAACCAGGAGGGCAAUGAAGUAGGUACGGGAGGAACAGGGUCGGGGAGUGGCCCCGGCUUAAUCACUGAACCGAAGCAGGAGCAACUUAGCCCCAAGAAGGAAAAAACCCAUGCCCUUCUCCACUAUCUCCUCAACAAGGACGAUUCCAAAGAGCCAGUGGAUGUGAAGCCCAAACUGGAGGAGCUAGAUAGCAAGGGAACUUCGGGGACUGCCUGCGGGCCCCCACGUGGUGGCCCUGGCCAUGCUCCUGAACAUCAUGAGAGCAAGAUCAAGUCAGAACCACCUGAUGAUUUGCACAACCUUGAGUCUAUCCUGGGAGAUCUAAGGGGGACCAGUUCUGAUUUUUACCCGGAUCAGGCUGGAGAUACUAGGCCACAUGACAGCAACAAACCCCAGGGUUGCCUUGAUGACAGCCUUCAAGAGAGUCCAGGUUUGGGUCCAGGGCCUCAAGGGCACUUCCAGAGGACCUUGUCUAUAGAGGGGAAGCCUCCUGGUGGACUUGGAGGAGCAGGAAGGCGCCCUAUGCUUGUCAAGCAGGAGAAUAUGAUGGGUUGCCCAGAUGGCUACCCAGGAAAUAUGGGAACAAUGAAUAGGGCUAUAGUUGCCCAGAGGUCUCCCAUGGGGGGGUCUGGAGACUGGGGUAUUUCCCGCUCCAGUACCAGUCCAGUGGGUUCAUCUGUUCAUUCAUCCAUGAUGCGUCCCAACAUGGAGUUCAACGGCAGCAAGGGAAUGAUUACAGGCCCCAUGGUGAGCCGCUCUAACAGUAACCCAGGGUCCAGGUCGAUGUUGCAGCAGCAGCUCAUGGAUAUGGGUGGCUCCACUGACAUGGUGAUGAGUGUGAGCUCCUUCAGCCAGCAGGGCCAACCCAACCCCUCAUGGCCGGACGCUCUAAUGGGCAUGGAAGGCAACAGACGCCAGUUUGCAAACUCCUUAGAUGAACUUCUGGCACCACCCACUACCAGCGAGGGUCAGAGCGACGAGCGGGCGCUCCUCGACCAGCUGGAUUCCCUUUUGAACAACACAGAUGGCACCGCUCUUGAGGAGAUUGACAGGGCUCUUGGCAUCCCAGACCUUGUCAGCCAAACCCAUGGAGCAGAGCAACCACUGGAGCCUUUGACUGGACAAGAACCUUCCUUGGUACUGGACCAGAAACCUCUUUAUGGACAAGGCUAUCCCGGACCCCCUACCAUCGCCAUGCAGACUGGCUAUGCCGGGAAUCCUAUGCAGGGACAGCCUCAGCAAGGAGGAUUUGGGCCCAUGCUGUCUCAAAUAGGCCAAAGUAAUAGUUUCCCUGGCAUGGGUGGAAUGGGGGGCAUGGGUCACCCCCGUACCAACAUGAUAAGGCCCAGGAUGAUGAGUGCUAACAAACCCAUGAGACUCCAGUUGCAACAAAGGCUGCAGGGACAGCAGUUCAUGAAUCAGACGCGGCAGUCCAUGGGGAUGAAGAUGGAGAACCCUGGAGGCAACUCUGGCAUGAGGCCCGCUAUGCAGCAGGGUUUCUUGAAUGCUCAGAUGAUGGCUCAGCGCAGCAGGGAAAUGGUGACCAUGCAGAUGAGAAGGCAGCGCAUGAUGAUGCUGAUGCAGCAGCAACAGGCAGCUGCGGGUGGAUUCAGCCCCCCGCCAAACGUCACAGCUCCUGGCGGCAUGGACAAUAGUGUAGGAGGGCCAAACAUGGGUCAGCCCGGUCCACAGCAGUUUAACUACGGAGGGAAUUAUGGGAUAAGCCAGCAGGGAGACCCCUCAUUUGGCCCAUCUGUUGCCAACAGCCCUCCUAACGCCAUGAUGACGGGCCGCCUGGGGCCUCAAAACACCAUGAUGCAACAACACCCACAGGGUGGCCCCAUCUACCAGGGCACGGAUAUGAAGGGCUGGUCACAGGGAGGCAUUGGACGCAAUAGUUCGUACCCUCCGCAGCCGUUUGGCCAACAAGUGCCUCCUGGACAGCAGCAGUUCGGGCAGCAAGGAAAUCCUGGCCAGUAUGGGGGCAUGAUGAUGAAUGGUGGCAUGGCGACAAGUGGAGGAGCAGGUCACAUGGGUCAGAUGGGCAUGAGUCCAAUGGUGAUGGGGCGCAUGAUGGGGCAAGAUCAGAAAUAUUGCUGAGCUUCAUGGAGGACAUAUUGGUGUAUGGGAAAACAUGCACACACCACUGGGGUCACACGCCUUUUAAUUGAUGCCUUGACAGCAGAUGUGGGCGAAUAACUGCUCGUCAAACUCACAAACACUGUGACACACACACACUCAUCCACUUACAAACGCCUUUGCGGUUCCCCUCCUGACUGCAGUAUAAUAUUCCUGUCCGAACAGGUAGCUAUCUAGACAUGCUCCACUUGUUGGGCCACAGUGUCAGUGGGCUUAAGGUGAUCAUGGGAUGGGUUGUCUGUGUGUCUCUGAAGCCUCCUUUGUCGAAUGUAUGAUGAAACUGUUUUUCUCAUUAGCGUUCUCUUUCAUAUUUUCUCGGCUGUCUCGCACCCGCUUCCGACGGGGGUGACGACAGUAAAUAUGGUUGUGGGCCACCGAAUUGAAACACUCGGACGAAUGUCAGUAAAGCAGCAGCAGAUUGUUUCAUCCUCCAAGGCUCCGCGGGCUCGCAUACAACUGAAUUGUUGGCUGAUUGCACUUUAAGGGGAGGCCAGCAUCGACAGGAUUGUGGCAAUAGAGGCCUUUACUCGAGUUUGAACCCAUAGUGGAAGAUAUUUACGAUUUAAUUUGCUCUAAGAGGAUAGUUUUCUGGGAGUGGGUGCGGUUAUCUGAAAUGGGUUUGAGGAAGUGGGAACCAGUAGAAAGGUAGCAAGCACAGAUUUUACAACAAAAUUCUUGUCAUCAGUGUACCAAUUUAUUCGAAGAACAGAGAUUGAGGGGUGGAAAAACUUUUAAAAAUACAACUGACGUAUAUUUAUACAGAUUCAAGAGGUUGUUUUAUCAAUCCAGAAGAAUUUUUUUAAAUCAGAAAUUUGAAGAUAUUUUGGUUACCUAAAAUUUUCAAUGUUUAAACAUAAAGAAAUAGAAAACUGGCCAAGUGUGACACUGAUGUGUAUAUAAGUUCAUAUAAGUGUAAAAUAACUCGAUUUCUAGCAAUAAUCCUUCCUCCUGGUUCUCGUCUGUGUUGAAGCAUCAGUUCCUCAAACUGGCGGUACUGCAGUAUUAGAUACAAUGUCUUGUUGGAUUUCCUUUAUUGUUAAUAGGAAUUGUAAAUAAACUUCAAAUGUACU